AUGCCUGCAAACAACAUGCGCAGGCCAUCCACGCCUGAUCGAGAAGCCAAAAAAGAAGCAGAGACUGAAAGCGGCGUGCACGUCGCGACUAAUGACCGUGACGACGCCGAGGUUAGUGACAAGGACAGCUCUCUGAACGAAAAGGACAACGAAAAGCAAGGCGACCGCAAGCUUUCGGAACAAGAUCCCAAUGCCCUUCUGGCCAACCCGCUCAAAGCCUUCAGCCGAGUAGAGGUGGCAGAGAGAGCCAGAGCUUGGGCUGACGAAGCUGGCCUGGGCGAGGACAGAGAGCUAUUUGCCCGCGCUGCACUCGUGGCGCAGAAUCCCACUCGAUGGGACGAGAUGCCCGAAUUGUCGCAAGAGGAGAAGGAUGCCCUGACCUUUGAGCGAGACCAUCCUUAUCGGCAACCAAAGGCGCUCUGGCUCUUGGUACUGACGGUCUCGCUUUCUGCAGCGGUGCAAGGCAUGGACCAAAGCGCCAUCAAUGGAAGGUGGGUGCGCAGCACGGUAGCUGCUCGGUUGGAAUUCUUCGUUGAUCCCCACGUGCCAUUUCCCAUCUCAGCUUGCUUUUCUUCCCGGAGCAGUUCGGAAUCGCCGACAGAUACGAUGGGUGGCUGACGGGCAUCAUCUCAGCUGCGCCUUACUUCUCCUGCGCCGUCUUCUCAUUCCUUAGCUCGCCAUUGAACUACUACUUUGGGAGAAGGGGGACCAUUGCCAUCACGUGUGUGAUUGCCAUGGUCACCUGCAUCUGGGCGGCAGUCGUGCCCAGUUGGGAGUUGCUCUUGGCUUCAAGGGUUGUCCUUGGUCUGGGAAUCUCUCCCAAAAGUGCCACAACGCCCCUAUAUGCAGGUGCGUCUGACUCGCUGGAUCGAACAUGCUAGCGCCCGGGAAUGCGGAGCUGACAAAAUCUCCCGACCUGCAGGCGAAUGUGCACCAGCAAAGAUCCGUGGACUCUUGGGCAUGCAGUGGCAGACCUGGACGGCUUUCGGCAUCGCACUUGGACAAGCAGCUUCCCUGGCAUUUUACGGAGUGCCGGACAGCAGAGGCAUCGAGGGUCUCAACUGGAGGUUGAUGCUUGGUGCUCCGGCUGUGCCACCCCUUGCCGUCUUGGCGCUCGUUUAUCUAUCGCCCGAAUCGCCCCGUUGGUAUCUGGGCAAAGGACGAAAAGCUGAAGCCUUCCGCUCGAUGAGGCGUCUGCGAAACACACCGUUGGAAGCCGCACGAGACAUCUACUAUGCCAACGAAUUGCUCGAAGCUGAGAAGCACCUUGGCGCCAACAAGCAGCGCAACGCCUUGCUCGAGCUCGCAUCUGUUCCGCGCAACCGAAGAGCUGUAGAAGGGUAAGUCCAUCCGUGAUCGCGCACACUACUCUGCACGCGUCGCUGACCUGACUAUUAUCACGUUUCAGAGCUUCGUUCGUGAUGUUCAUGCAGGUGGGUAGAGCGCGCAUGCGUACGUGUGGUUGACAGAGCACGGACUCACCGAUUGACUCCUAUGCGAAACUGGCAGCAAUUUUGCGGUAAGCGUGGUGUAGGAUGAGCCAACGGUGCCUUGCAAAUGUGCGGCUGACCAAUAGCUGGCACUACACGCUUGCAGGCAUUAAUGUGAUUUCGUACUUCUCAUCGCAAAUUUUCGUAGAUGCAGGUAAGUGGCAGGAACUGGUCGAGAAAUUGGUGAGAGCUGAGAGCUGAUCAUCCUUUUCCGUUUGCCCUCCCUUUCAGGCGCCACUCCUCGCAACGCGCUUGUUGCAAGCUUUGGCUGGGGAGUGCUCAAUUGGCUCGCUGCGGCUCCUGCAUUCAUCUCGAUCGACAAAUUUGGCCGUCGAACGCUGCUAUUGAUCGGGUAUCCAUGCAUGAUGGUCUGCCUCUUGAUCUCUGCCUUCUCAUUUCUCGCUCCUCAAGGCUCCCCCGGCCGUAUCGGAGGCGUUGCCGUCGGCAUCUACCUUCAUUGCUUAGCCUACAGUCCUACUGCCGGUCCUGUCCCAUUUACGUACUCUGCCGAGAGCUUCCCUUUGUAUGUUCGAGAGAGCGGAAUGGCUUGGGCAGGUGAGACAGGUGCUCCGAUACGUCUUGCCCCGCUCGGACUGCUACUGAUCGCUGUAGCGGGCAUACGUCUACCCCAUUUUACAGUCUCUGUUUGUUGGUUUUUCAACGGAGUUCUUUCCCUCACGUGGCCGUCGAUGCAACGCAAUUUAGGCUCGACGGGAGCGUUUGCAUUCUAUGCAGGCUGCAAUGGCGUCGCAUUCGUCGUCGCCUACUUCUUCCUCAAAGAGACCAAAGGACUCACGCUCGAGGAGCUGGACUCAGUCUUUGGCGUCAGCAACCACGAUCACGCGAUUUACCAAGCAGGAAAAGCAUCGUACUAUGCGAGCCGUCUGACGGGCAAGCGAGCAUCCAAACCAGAACCUCUCUACGCCCACGAGAAGCUGAGCGCGGAAGAGCGCGCGGCGCGUGGGACAUUGGCACCGGUCGCAAUGGGCCACUAG